AAACGCAAAUUAAAACCACAAUGAGAUAUCACUCCACCUCUAUCAGAAUAGCUAGAACAAAAAAACGUGCUAACACCAAAUGCUGGUGAGGAUGGAGGAACUGGACCACUCACACAUUGCUGGCUGGAAUGUAAAAUAGUACAGCCACUCUGGAAAAGAGUAUGGCAGUUUCUUAAAAAAUUAAACGUGCUUACUACAUGUCUUAACGACUGCACUCUUGGGCAUUUAUCCUAGAGAAAUGAAAACUUACGUUCAUGUAAAACAUUGUACAUAAAUGUUCAUAGCAGCUUUAUUCGUAUAGCCAAAAACUGGAAACAGCCCAAACAUCCUUCAGCUGGCAAGUGGUUAACCAAACUGUGCUACAUCCACACCACGGAAUGCUAUUCGACAAUCAGAAGGAAGCCACGACCACUACAGGCAGCACCUUGGAUGGGGAUCUCCUGGACAUUAUACCACAUGAAAAAAGCCAAUCUCAAGAGGUUAUAUAUUGUGUGAUUCCACGUACAUAAUAUCCUCAAAAUGACAAAAUUAUAGAGCUGGAAAACAGAUUAUUGGUUGCCAAGGGUUAGGAAGGUUGGAGAGAUGGAAAGUGAAUACAAAGGGGUAGGUAACACCAGGGAUAUCUUUGUAUUGAUGGAACAUUUCUGUUUCUUAAUUGGGUGGUAGUUACAUAAAUUAACACAUGAUUAAAUUGCAUAGAAACGCACACACAAGUCUAUGUAAAACUGAUGAAAUCUAAACAAGGUCUGUGGAUUGUAUGAAUGUUAAUUUCCUGGUUUUGAUAUUGUACUGCAGUUAUAUAAGCUAUUAUGAUUGAGAUAAAUUGGGUGCAUGGUACAUGAGAGCUGCUUUUUGGGCAACUUCCUACGUAUCUAUAAUUAUUUCAAAAUAAAAAGUAUAAACAAAACCUUCACCAACCCUACUUUUCUUCCCUUGAGAACCUUUUCAAAACAAUUGUCUACAUACCCCUACAAUGAAUCACCAAUCCUAGGCCACUGUAAUCCCCGUCCAAUCCGCUAACACCCAGCAGCCAAAGUCAACUUUUGAGACAUUUAAUUACUUCUUUAAGACCCUUUAAAAGCCUCCCAACGCUCUUAGAAUAAAAUUCAACGUGUAGUUAAAGUAAAACAAAAACCCUGCAGCCAGGCAGCCCCUCUCUGGUGUCAUCCCACACCAUCUCUGCCCGGCUAAGCUCAUCAACCUCAUCUUGACCACCUUCUAGUUCUCCUAAGAGCCAAGAGCUUUGCAGCUUUAAAGCCUCUGCAUAAACCAUUCCCUCUACGGAGAGCAGAGAAAAACAGUGGUUUCCGAUGUGACCUCCAAACUUCCAUUCCCAGGACACUGAAUUCUGCAGGCUUCAAUUGGCACCCGAACUGCUUCCCCCAGGCCACCUCGAUGCAGCCUGUGCCAGGAUCCGACUGAUUUAAGACCGGAGCCAGAUCUUCCAAGUGACACCAGAGACGCCAGCUAAGAAACCGCACUUUUGACUGCUUACAGCGCGCCAGGACCUUUAAUCCUCAAACGACCACCUGCGGCAGACACUAAGACCCUGGUCACCGCUGAGCCGUCAGGAGCCUCGAUCCAAUGAUGCUGUUUGGAACAAUUUCCCAGCGGUUGUGUGGCUUACAGAAACUCCCAUGGUCAUGUGACUCCAGACACUUCUGGGGCUGGUUGAAUGCAGUGUUUAAUAAAGUGGAUCACGAACGCAUCCGGGACGUUGGUCCCGACAGGGCGGCGUCCGAGUGGCUGCUGCGCUGUGGGGCUAUGGUGCGCUACCAGGGCCAGGAGAGGUGGCAGAAGGACUACAACCACCUCCCGACAGGCCCUCUGGACAAAUACAAGAUUCAGGCGAUCGACGCCACCGACUCCUGUAUCAUGAACAUUGGGUUUGACCACAUGGAAGGCCUACAGCAUGUGGAAAAAAUAAGGCUCUGCAAGUGUCAUUACAUCGAGGAUGCCUGUUUGGAGAGACUUAGUCAACUUGAAAACUUACAGAAAAGCGUGUUGGAAAUGGAAAUAAUUUCUUGUGGGAAUGUCACAGACAAAGGGGUGGCAGCUUUGCACCAUCUGAGAAACCUCAAGUAUUUGUUGUUAAGUGAUCUUCCUGGAAUAAGAGAAAAAGAAAACCUUGUCCAAGUCUUUAAAACAACACUGCCUUCUCUGGAACUAAAAUUAGAUUUGAAGUAAAAUAAUAAUAUUCAAUAAGUGUCUUAUUUCAAUAUGAAGUAUCAUUUGAAAUUGGUGAUCCUAAACAGCAACAAAUAUUAUAUAAUCAUCAAUAAAAUUAUACGGAUGCCAUACCAUGACAUUUUAGAAGCAGAGAGUCCAUCAUGUAGAAAAUAAAUAUUCAGAUGUGACUCACUCAAGUUACUAAGUUGGAAGGGAGAAUUUGUGUACAUUAAGUCAUUUAAGAAAAAUGUAAACCAGGUAGCAUUUUAAUUUGAAUGUAUUCCUCAUAUAGAUAGCUCUUGAUGUAGAUAUUCUUUAUUGUAUUUUAACAGUAAUUUGUUACAUUUUACUUGAAAGUUAUUGAAGCAUGUUCCUAUGAAUGUACAGUUAUGAAACACUGAAAGCUACAUUUCAGAUCACUGAUGGAGGAGCCACUCACACCAAGUGGUCUGGUUGACGAGGCUUCAUGUUGCUCCCAGGAUUUGCAUGCUCAUUCUUGUGUUCUUUAUUAUACACACCCUUUCUCUGAAUGAAUAGCUCUGGCUA